GCUGGUGAUUCCUAAGGGUAUGAAAACUGAUAUCCUGGACACACUUGCAGAUAGCAUGUCAAAGAUUAGUCCUUAUCCUGAGAGGCAACACUGAAAAUGUUGCCAAAGCACUUGUGGAGAAGCAUCCAAGUCUAAAAGAGCCAGGGUCUGGAAAGGGUUGGUACGGCUGGUUCCACAGCCUGAAGUUUAAGCUUGGAAACUAUCGACAGAAAUUGAGUGCAGCUAGAUGCCCAGAGGUGAGAGUCAACAAAAGAAAAGGAGAAGAAGCCAAGGGACCACGUAUGAAGAAGUCAAAGAAGGGUGAGGUCCACUACUGUCCAGAUCCCCCUGAAGGACUGAGUGCUGAAGACAUGGAAGAAAAGCAGAGAAUGAUGGAGGUGGAAGUGCUGAAAAAAGACUCAGAUCACCAGCAGAUUGAUGAGCUGAUGUCUGCCACAUUCUCCAAACGCAGAAAGGAGAUCGUAGGGGAUCAACCUCUCAUCGGGGAUGUCAUAGCCAGAUGGCCGGCCAUGUUCUGUGAGAGACGGGUUCGGGCAGAAUUCAAGAGAGUCGUAAGCACAGACCUUCUUGAGUCGUUCCUCGACGGGCUUGAUGAAUUGGCACCAAGACUGCUGGAACUGUACGAAGCUGCGACCAAGUCAGGGAAGAAGCCUACACUGAAAGCCAUUUUGGACUGUCUGAAGAAAGACGACACAUACGAAAGGAGAAGGACUGCUGCUCUGCCGGGUCUGCCACACUACCUACCCGAAGAGCCAUCAGACAUCAUCAGGAUGUGUGACGCCCCUGGUGAGACUGGCAGCAGCCAUGAAGGGGAUGCAACUUGGCCUACUGGCAACUUGGCUAUGAAGGUGACAACCAGGAUCCCUUUCCACGUGAAGUCUUCAAUGUGGCAGUUGUGGUUGAGGAGACUGUUGUGCUUCACAACUUCAAGGAUGUGCCAUCCAGCUUUGCCAUGCUUUUGGGGAUCAUCUACUGCGUUAACCUUGAGUAUCCACGAGCCAUGAAGUAUUCUUUUGAGUUCAUUCAGAGGGUAGUGAUGAAGAUCAAACCUGAUCAAGCCUCUGCCAGAGUCCACAACAUCCGAAACAAGCUCCUGAGGUAUAAUUUGUAAACCAUGCCCCACC